AGCUUACAAGUGCUCUGGCUGACCACGGUAUGAUUGCACUUGAACUGAUGCGGAGAGAUGCAAACGCCGUUCUUCGUCAAAUAGUAUAUGGCAAGGCGGCUGGCGAUUCAGUUGACCUCUUUGCCAACCCGGACAUCUUUGUGCUGGCGCAUGAUGCUGAGGCCGCAGCAAAGCAGGCCCAUCUCCUUUUUUCAACGCCAUCUUCACAAUCCAGUCGCCUAAUUGGCAACAUUCUGGAUUGUACCUGCGCGGUUGUGAGGCCGCACGCUCUCAAUGACGGUUUGUUUGAUUACUAG